AUGCUUCUGUCUCUCGACCAAUUCUCUUCCAUACAAGAUAUUUCUUCUACCGCCCGUCGAUUCCAAUACGACCCUCUCCUUUUCCACAAUCAACAACCACCAGCCUCCCCUUCGGCCAAUCCCUCCCACCAACUCGACGGCCCGGAUCAUCCUCUUCCCCGAGCCAGCGCUUCACGCGACCGAGACCGACGUGGAGGUCACACCCACGCCCACGCCCACGCCCACGCCCACUCCUACAACUACAGCUCCGACCUCGACAAUCCCAUAGCCGACGACUCGAGCCGUUACUCCAGCCAGGGCUCGCGUGGCCGCCGCAGCAACAGUAGCUCCAACUUCCCGUCCGGCCUCGCUCGCAUUAGUAGCCUACGGGACGCCUCCCAUCGGUCCUCCCCCGCUUCACCUCACCGUCCUCUGCACUCGCGUGGUGGCAGAGGCAGCAAAGGCAGCAGCAGCGUCAACAGCAUCGACGCCGCCGGCUACCCCCACGCUCCGGGAGGCCAGCGCCGGGUCCACGACUUGGGUCACCGCUCCUCGAGUUUCGAUUACGGCCACCGUCCUGCCACCACCCUACCCCUGCCUCAACCGCGACAGCAACAACAAAUCCAUCACCAACAGACCGCCCACCCCACGUCUAACUGGCCAGCCCACUUUUCCGACACCUUCCUCGCCGACGACUACGACGACGCAGCCCCUACUCCUACCAUCCCCGCCGGUCCCCGACGCAUCCCUGCCCUCUCGACCUCGGCUUCCAAUCCUUCCUUUGCCCGCCCGCCGCCUACCGAGAUUCCCGUCCCCCGACCACCCACCGCCACCGCCACCGCCACCGCCCCCGAUCGCAAACGCUCGCCUCGCUCGGGACGGAGCAUGUCUAUGGGCCGCAAACCCGAAACCCAAUACCGGAAAAACAUGGCCCACGACCCCAUGCCUCAGAAAUCCCCGGCGCCUGUGUUUGCCGACAUGGACUCGGCCCCGGCCCCUCACGUCGGGUACGAGAAGACAAAGGAGCCCGUGCACCCUGCCGCCUCCUCGCCCCCAACGCUGCCCGUCGCACAAACGAAGGAUAAGCCUGGCUUUUUUAGGAGAGUUUUCGGCUCCUCCCGGAACAAUGCCGCAAACAACCCGACGUCGACGCGUCCUCCGCCCGCCGCCGUCCGUACCGACAGCAGCCUGCCCAAUGCCACUGCGACCCUGUCCAAAUCAGAGUCCACACCGCCUUCGCGUGACCACUCCACGUCCCAUUCGCAUCAUGGCGUCCUGCAGAAGAAGCCGUCAUCGUUUUUCAGGAGGCGGAAGAAGUCCUUUGCCGAGGAAUCACCACCCGUUCCCGCCACACCCGUCAUCACCAGCGACAGACCGCCCGUUCCUCCCAUAGAGCCUCGCUUCCAGCUGCUGCCCGACGAGGACGUGCUGGCAGACGACCAACCCGUGCCCAGUCCCGUGAGCAGCCUGAGAAAGGUUAUGAACCCUUACCUCAAAGCUAGUCCGAUGACCCCAGCGGGGGAGCCGCACCCGUUCCACACUUCUGUCGAGAACGCCGCCGACUCGGCACCGGAAGCGGUCGAGACGCCUGAACCCGAAUCUCGUGAAUACAAGCGCUCCUUCUCUCCCGAUUACGAGCCGAGCCCCAACGCUCGUAUCCGUAAAGUUAAGCCCGAGUCACGCGAUGGGGACGAAGGGGAUGGUCACGACAUGAACCGCCAAGCCCAACGCGAACUCGAACGAGAAUCCGAAUCUCAACAUGACCACAAGUUCCCGGCAGAGACCCCAACGCGCCGUCCGCCUAACAUCCCCAAGCCCACGGGCCACAGGAGCGACUCGUUCCUUAAUCUCGAGGGAUCCGACGAUAAUGAAGGAGAUCCGGACUGGAGAAACAAUCUCAGGUCCAGAAACGAAAAAGCGAGGACCCCGACCGGGGAGCCCUCUGGCGAGGAGUCACCAUCCUUAUCGCCAAAGGGGCAGAGGAAGAACAGCACCAACGGUGCUGGCAUGUCGAUGUCGAGCCAGAACCCGGCCGGGACGGCAGACGCGAACACCAAGAGACGGUCUACCCUCGUUCUACCCAUCGAGGGUGCCCAGUCCGAAAUGAAUACCCCCACCGUCCAUAUCGAGGACAGCUCCGCAUCGCCACCAAGUACGGCAGCCAAAGGGACGCCGUUCGACGAACCCGACUUCGUCGUGGGCGAUCCUACAGACGAUGACCGUCAGAAGGCUCAGAAGAUCUUUGACGGCCACGAGGACUACAUACAAAAAGACAAAGCCGCUGCCUGGAUGGGUGAGGAGGGCCCCAUUCGCCAACGGACCCUCCGUGCCUACAUGGAUCUGUACGACUUCACCAACAAGAGCAUCGUGCAGGGCCUCCGUCUGGUCUGCGAACGUCUGGUCUUCCGGGCCGAGACCCAGCAGGUGGACCGGAUUCUUGUCGCUUUUUCCAGGCGCUGGUGCGAAUGCAACCCUAACCACGGCUUUAAGGCUACCGACGUCGUGCAUACCAUAUGUUACUCUAUCAUGCUCCUCAACACCGACUUGCAUAUCGCCGAUAUCGAGCAAAAGAUGACGCGAAGUCAGUUUGUCAGGAACACCAUGACCACCAUCACACAAGCGGCGACCGAGGCGGCUCCCAAGGCCUUCAGACGUCCCAGUCUUUUGACCGAGAAGAACGAGCAUCUGGCAACGGAAAAUCCUCGAGGGUCGACCGAAGAGCGAUCCAACCGAUUCUCCUUCAGGCCCGCCCCGAGACGAGAUAUUAGCACCGACGAAGCGGAGAGAGAACACGACACAGACAGCUGUGGUCCUCUCGUCAAGGUCGCCUUCGAUGGAACUCUUCGCGCGUGGGAGGCACAAGUUGAGCUCGUCCUGAAGGACAUCUACGCCUCGAUUCGUGACGAACGGCUGCCCCUUUUCGGCGCGGCCCCCGAACCUCAGCGGGGUCCCCCUGGUGGCCUGUCGGUCAUGGGCAUGCUGAAGCGGUCCCCGAGCGUGCUCAGCAAGGCGCCCUCGGAAAGCCAGACGUCCCUUCGCGGUUGCAUCGCCGAGUCCACGCGAAGCGGCACGGGACGCUUCUCUUCCAAAAGCCGGUCCAGGCCUCGUCUAGCGAACCCCGGGUUUUCCUCGUCGCGGACGAGCUUUGACGACGGCAAUUCCCUCUGGAGUCCGGCGUCGUCUUCGGCUACGUGGAGUCGAUACUCCCUCGGACGUACGCAAACGUCCAUGUCGGUGGACUCGUUUGGUGGUAGCGCUCUGGGUGGUGGAUUCCAACAGUCGAUUGGAUUCGCCAAUGCUCUCAGUCAAGCCAUCAUCCGCGACGACGCAAGCAGCAGCCACGGCCACGGUCUCGGCCCGGCACCGUCGGCGAUGAGCGACGAGGCCAAGGCUACCCUGCUCGACGACGAGUCGCUCGAGCUGUCCGGCCCACCGUGGGUGAAAGAGGGCAUGGUCACGCACAAGCACCAUCUCGACGGCGUCGACAAGAAGGCCAAAGACAGGAACUGGACCGAAGUCUUCGCCGUCGUGCAAAAGGGGCAGAUGAGCCUCUUCUCUUUCUCGCCGAACAAGUCGCUCGGUCGCAAGAGCCGGGCGGCCCGUAAUGCGGCCAAGGCUAACCCAGCGGGCGUGGUGGGAGGCGGCAACUGGCAGGAGAACGCGACCAACCUGGCCACAUUUAAUCUGCGACAGACGCUGGCCUCGGCCCUGCCGUCGCCCGGUUACUCCCGCAGUCGGCCGUACGUCUGGGCGCUCAGCCUACCCACGGGCGCCGUCCAUCUGUUCCAGGUCGGGACACCCGAGAUCAGCAAGGAGUUCGUGACGACUGCCAAUUACUGGAGCGCUCGACUCAGCACGCAUCCUCUGGUCGGUGGUAUCAGCAACGUCGAGUACGGAUGGAGCGAUUCCAUCGUCAACAACGCUCUGGUGGCGGCCAUUAACGAGUCCACCGGAAACCAGCCCCCGAGUACCCGGUCCUCUCGCCGUGGUAGCGUGGCGACCGCGCACCACCGGAACAACAGCAGCGGCAAUGCCAAUGGUGCUGUCGCUGUCACGGCCCAGGGACGAAGCAGCAUGCAGUCCAGCAGCCGCAGCCUGCGGUCGGCGUCGUUCGACUACGGCUUCAGCCCGUCCUACACGAGCCGCGGCGGGAAGCUACCGGGGGACCGCAUUCCCGUCUCGGAGUGGACGGCGCCGGCGCAGAGCAUGCGGCCAUCGAACCUGUCGGAAAGGGAACAGCUCGCAUCGCUCAUGGCGUAUGUCAAGGGCAUCGAGGAGGAGCUGUUGGCGCACAACAAGCUGCGGAGCCCGAUGCUGCUGGCGUUCACGCCGCGCAGCCAUAGUGCCAACAAGGCCAUGGCCAACUGGGAGCGCAAGAGCUCGUACCUGCUCCGGGAGAGCGUCAAGUUCCGGACGUACGUCGACUGCCUCCAGCAGGCCGAGGCGCGGCGGGCCGAGAUUUACGCGGAACGAGAGCUCGCGCAGCGGGCGGCGCGGGGCGAGCUUAGCGAUGAGGAGGUGGAGGGCCAUGGCGACGUGACGUUACCCUGA